AUGGCUCACAUUAUCCCCGCGCAGGUAUCGCGGUCGGGAUCUCUUAGUACUUCCCCACCCGAAAUCGCCCUCCCCGUCCCUCUACUCUCCAACCUCAUUCGUGCUCGUUCCGCUCGUCGUCAGACUCUGUGUCUAGACUCGGUUGAGGAGACAUUUCCGAAAGUCAGUCGCCGCGGCUCGAUCCUCAAAAAGCUGGCGGGCCCACGUGAGAACGCGAAGCGAUUCCUUCGCUUACGGUCGUCCGGAAUACAAUCGCCCAUUUCCCCGCAGCAACUACCCCCGCGGACGAUCCGGCCCAGGCCCGUUUCUGAGAUCAUUCUCUCACCGGGAGAUCUGAGAUACACUCUUCCGGAUAGUGACAUGCGUUCGGAUUCCGAUAUGGCUACCGACGUUCUUCCCCGAGCGGUCCAGGACCAUGCGUCCGGCACUGCGACCCCCGAAUUGACUACACCCUUCCAACCUCUUCGCAACGAAAAAAUCGUCGCCACUGGUAGCGGCUUGACAGUCGGCAUCGCCCUGACCGAACCUGUACUUUAUCUACAGGGCUAUGACCAGAAUGACCCCAGUUCUAAGAAAUCUGCCAUUCUGCGAGGCCAAAUUCAUUUGAAGGUCACCAAGUGUGUCAAAAUUAAGAAGAUCUCGAUCUGCUUCCGCGGUCAUGCGCAGACAGAUUGGCCAGAUGGUAUUCCCCCGAAAAAGAUCCAUUUCCACGACAAGAAAGACCUCGUCACUCACGGCGUUGUCUACUUCAACCACGGAGAUACAGCGUUGAUGCAAAAUGACUACGGAGCGCAUUACUAUCAGCACGCCAAACCCGCAUCGCCUGUUCCAGGUAGCAAGGACGCAGUCUCUUUAACGACUCGGGAACUGUUUUCCAAGAGCAGCUCCGUCAGCUCUCUCGGCGCGACUACCGUAAGAGACGCCAAACGGCUCUCCGUUCAGAGCGCACGUGGCCAUUCGCGCAGUUUCAGCAGGAAUGAGCCCCCCGUCACUACGCAAACCCAGCCGCAGCGCAACUACCGCAUGUUCCCCGUGGGAGACUAUUUGUAUAGUUUCGAGUUCCCAAUUGACGGAUCAUUGCCCGAAACGAUCAAAACGGACCUGGGAUCCGUGAAAUAUGACUUAGAGGCUAUUGUGGAGCGAUCGGGCGCAUUCCGACCCAACCUGUUGGGCACCAUGGAGAUCCCUGUUAUUCGGACCCCGGCUGAGGGUUCAUUGGAGCAGGUUGAACCUAUCGCCAUCUCACGAAACUGGGAGGAUCAGCUCCAUUAUGAUAUUGUCAUUUCUGGCAAAUCGUUCCCACUGGGCUCUCAGAUUCCGAUUGCGUUCAAGUUAACGCCACUGGCCAAGGUAGAAUGUCACCGAAUCAAGGUCUACGUCACGGAGAACAUCCAGCAUUGGACCGCCGAUAAGAGCGUCCAUCGAUUGCAGCCGGCAAAGAAAGUUCUGUUGUUCGAAAAGCGUGCGGAAUCUGCUAGUACUAGCACGUACCCAGGCAGCUCUAUGCGAGUCAUGGCUGGAGGUGGUAUCGAUUGGGACCACCGCGCCGCGGCUGCCAGAGGAGAGGAGAUCGUGGAUCGAACUCGCACGAAUUUGUUGGGUAAUCUGUCCAGCGAGUCCUCUGGUGUGGGCCCAACAGAAAUGGAGUUCAACGUGCAAUUACCCAGCUGUUAUGAAAUGAAGGGUCGCGAUGAAGCUCAGCGCCUGCAUUUCGACACAACUUACGAGAACAUCCAAAUCAACCACUGGAUCAAGAUUGUGCUCCGCCUUUCCAAGGUUGAUGAACGAGAUACAGGCAAGCGCAGACAUUUCGAGAUUUCCAUCGACUCGCCCUUCCACAUCCUGUCCUGCAAGGCUACGCAGGCAAAUAUCUACCUCCCGGCUUAUUCGAGACCGGACACUGAUCCGGAGCCGCCAGCGCAGGAGUUCGAGUGCGGUUGUCCUGGUGCGCCGGUGGCAGCACGCGAGUACUCGAUGGCUCAGUCUAGCUCUGACCGUGAAGAUUCCUCCAUUAAUCUCAGUCGCCGGGCCUCGAUCGCAGGGGCCUCGGUGGGGGGCCGGCCAAUCGCUCGAAGCUUCACAAAUGGAUCUGCUGGCCUUGCCCGGCCGCCACAGGCCCAUCUAGCUCACGAAGAGAGCGGGCGGGAUGUGCAGCGGGAUCUUCCCACUCAACCAGGAGCGCCGCGCGUCCCUCGUCCGAUGCAUCUCCUCCGCACGCCCUCAUUCGCACCUCCCGCCUUUGAGGAUGUCCCUCCACCGCCUCCCUUGGUCACUCCUCCACCGGAGUAUACAUCGAUCGUGGGCGACAACGAUCGCGAGACAGUAUUGGAGGACUACUUCUCCAGACUUUCGUUUUACGAAGACCAGGACGAGGACGAUCGAGGCCGAGGCCGCGUCGAUGUCCCCCUCACUCCGGGCGGCCGUAUCAACCGCAGUAUGGACGUUCCGCGAGAGUGGGUGCGUCUUGACGACUUCACUUCCACAUGA